AUGAGCAUGAUGAGGAUCGACUUCGGGGCCGGUAUCUUCAGCAAGGACCAGGGCUUUGCAUCCGCUGACGAUGUCAGGCCGUGGCUCGACCUCCUCUUGGAAAAUAAGGACAUUGUCAAUGGGCUCGACAGCGCCGUUGCCUAUGGCGAAUGUGAGGAGUGGCUAGGGCAGCUUCACGUUGGGUCACAAUACGGCUUCCCUGUUUCCACGAAGCUUCCCGGUGGUGUUCACCCUACCCAAGUCUCCAACAAGGAGAACAUUCUUUCCCAAGCUAGACAAAGCUUAAGCAAGGUUGGUGUCAAGCAGUUUGAGACUUUAUACUUACAUGGCCCCGAUGCACGUGUUCCACUUGAGGAAACACUAUCUGGAUUUGAUGCUGCUUACAAGGAGGGGGUUUUCAAGCAGUGGGGGCUAUCUAAUCAUACUGUUGAACAGGUUGAGGAAGUCAUGAAGGUUGGCAAGGCUAACAACUUUGUCCUUCCAACGGUCUUCCAAGGUAGUUAUAACCCAAUCGCUCGUCUGCCUGAAGAUGAGCUGCUACAUGUUCUGCGUAAGCACGGUAUCUCCUUCGUGGCAUACAGCCCUAUGGCUGGCGGCUUCCUCGCCAAGAAAUCCGAGCAAUUCCGCGAUCACACCGACACCCUCCAGGGCCGUUGGAACGAAGCGGGAUUCCUCGGGAAGGUCUACCACUUCCUCUACAACAAGCCCUUGGCUCUACAAGCCCUAGACGAGUGGCACAACAUUGCCGCCGCAGAGGGCAUCUCUGGGGCCGAGAUGGCCUACCGCUGGGUAGCAUACAACUCGGCGCUUACGAAGGAGGAUGGUAUGGUGGUUGGAGCGACAACCAUGGAGCAGUGGAAGUGUAAUGUCGCAGCAAUUCAGAAAGGCCCUCUGAGUUUGGAAACGGCAGCUAAGAUCAACGCUCUGUGGACGCCUGAACUGAAGGCGACUGGAACACUGGACAAUUAUCAGGCAAUCAUGGAGCUGAGGGUAGCUCCACUAUAA